AUGGAGCAUCGCCCAUUUCGUAUUGUUUGCUUCGCUGUGGACUUGUGUGAUAAUGCUGACGAUGACUUUUAUGAUCUACUGCACCAAGCUCAACAACAUGAACAAAUAAAUACCCUAAUUGUUACAUUAAGUCAUUGCGUUUUGGGCAAUCAGCAUGACUUGCAUUUUCAGGCCAGGUUCGCAUUGAUGCACUUUAACCGCGGUAACUGGGAACCCACUCUAUUCACCUUGGUCUCACAGGACUUUUGCGCAGCCCUAUUCGACGAGGGUCAGUCAUGGUUCAAACAGUGGACCAAGCACAUUUCAAACCGGGACGAGGUGCAGAAGAAGUGUUUGAAAACGCGUGGUACUGUUUGGAUGCAUAACCCAUUCGACCUGCAGUUGCGCCUAUAUGACAUCCGUGGCGCUAAUCUUCAGGGACGCUACAAAGCGGUGGUCACCUUUGAAGCUUUUGACGAGAGGGAUGUACCCCGAAAGAAUAGCAUAUGCUUCGAAAUCAGAGGAGAGGCGGAGAAGAUCAAGAAAUAAGAUUUCUUGGCUCUACAACGGAUGCAAUUCAUUGUCCUGCAUAGCGAGCAUAUAUUAUGUUAUUAAAAAAAAACAUGUUAUUGUCAAUAUAUGUUAAAUAUAUUGUUUUUGCCUAUCUCUAAAGUCUCCCAGUUGUUUGCUUUCUUGUGUUUGAAAUUAGAAUUGGUUCAGAUUAAGCUUUUAAACUUUAAACUUUUCCUAAUUCGGAUG